AUGGCAAAUGGCGGAAACGUUAAUAUUGGCGGCAGUCUUAUUUUCGACCACCGCGUACAGGAGUGGAAUAUAUUCAAAAGUCGUUUUCAGCAGUACUGUACUGCGAAUAACAUCACCGAGGAAUCGGAUAAGUCUGGUGUGAAACGACGGGCCCUGUUACUAACUGCGCUGGUGGAAGAUACGUAUCGGGUGGCAAGAGAUCUUGCCUUCCCAACUGAAUUAGAAAACAUAGAGUACAAAGUACUACUAGAAAAGUUAAGUGUACAUUUUGUCACAAAAAAAUGUUCAUUUGCGGAGAGAUACAAGUUUUAUCGAGCAGAGCAGCGACCUGGCGAGGACUUGGCGGAGUGGGCCGCGCGGGUGCGUAGCCUGUCUCAGUACUGCGGCUUUACUUUUGAGCUGGAGACGGCAAUGAGAGACCGUUUUGUCCUGGGUUUGGAAAACGUAAAGGAGAGAGAAAAGUUAUUUGCCGAGAGUAUCAUGGACUUGACCUUUAGCAGGGCCCUGGAGCUGGCACAGAGUGUGCGGUGUGCGAGAUUCGCUAUGCAGAGCACUAGCGUCACCUCACAACUAGGCGUUCCCGCAUCUCCUCAGGAUGUGUUCGCGAUGCAUUCCCGUGGUGUAAACAAGUGCAGUGUUUGUGGUUACUCAAAUCAUAGCAAAGAUCAGUGUCGAUUUUCGAGUUAUUCAUGUAAGAAGUGCCAUAAAAAAGGGCAUCUUCGUAGAAUGUGUAAAUCUUUAAUUAAACCUAAUAACUAUAUCGCGGCGAAUGACGAUGACAUCGUUCAAGGUAUUUAUGAUCUAUUUACUAUUAAGUGUAAUAACGGCGAGCCGAUGCGCCACAUGGUUUUCAUAGGUGAGACUGGCUUGGUUUGUGAAAUUGAUAGUGGUAGUGCAGUGUCGAUAUUACCAUUUAGAGUUUAUGAAAACUAUUUUAAGAAUAUUUAUAACCUAAAUAAAAGCAAAGUAAUACUAAAUUGCUAUAAUGGUAGCAAAAUUUCUCCUGUAGGUUUUAUAACGGUACCCGUUACGUACGAGUCACGUAUUGAACACAUUAGGUUAUUUAUUAUUCAAACAAAUAAUAAGCAACCAGCACUAUUAGGGCGGGACUUUAUAAGCGCUUUUAAUUUACAGUUAUGUACAGCGAAUUGCAACAACCUGACCAUCAACACAAAUUAUGACAGUAUAUUAAGAGAAAAAUAUGCCAAGCUAUUUUCAAGUGAAUUAGGAACAUUUAAUAAGUUUAAAAUUCACUUAAAAUUGAAAUGCGACGCCGAGCUAAAAUUUUUUAAACCACGUCCUGUACCUUUAGCUUUAAAAAGUGGAAAAAGAGUUGAAUCGUUUACUAGACUUGGGUAUCUUAGAAAAAGUGAAUCACUCAAGGGUGGCCACGCCCAUUGUCCCAGUUUUAAGAUCAGACGGGGAUAUUAG